GGGACACUGAACCACGCUGUAAAAAUGGCGAAAAAAAAUAUUGAAGAUAUGCGAAACAAAGUUAUACUUGGUGAAUACGGGGUCUCUCAUGUAAGAUUUUGUUCUGAGAAAUUUAUAAUUCAAUAGAAAUAUCAUAGAUUCUUCCUUGUGUUCUAUUUAUUUCAAGACUAAUACACUUUUCGUAAGUUUCAUCAAUUAUCGAUCAACACAUGGUUUUUUACAGCCACAAACAAGCGAUUUUCCUGGAAGUUAUCACGACUACGACGAUGCAUGGAGUUUAAAAAAAUUUCAAAAAAAUUUCCAAAUAGAUAUUAAAGAAAUCAGUAAUAAUGGUAAUGAUAUCGAAUUUGACAUGGUACACAUUGAUUGCUCUGUAGCGAAUGCAUUUAGAAGAAUUUUACUCAGUGAAGUUCCUACAAUGGCAAUAGAUAGGGUGUGCAUCCUCAACAACACAUCUUUGAUACAAGACGAAGUCUUAGCUCACAGAAUAGGUUUAAUUCCAAUAAAAGCCGAUCCAAGAAUGUUUGAAUAUCGAAGCGCAGAUGACACAGAACCCACUGAACACGACUCAAUUCAAUUUAAUUUAAAAGUAAAGUGUACACGUAAAUCAGAUUCUAGUGGAGAAACUAGUGAUCCUGAUCAUUUAUAUAAUAAUCAUAAAGUUACAACAGCAGACUUUAAAUGGAAACCUCUGGGAAAUCAGGCGAACAUGUUUAAGAAGGGAGAUAUUCAUCCGGUUCACAACGACAUUUUAAUUGCUAAGUUAAGACCUGGGCAGGAGAUAGAUCUUCAAAUGUAUUGCUUUAAAGGUUUGGGAAAAACUCAUGCUAAAUUUUCUCCCGUCGCCACGGCAACCUAUCGACUCCUACCUGAUAUUUCAUUGUUAGAGCCAAUAAAAGGAGAAUUAGCAAAGAUGUUGAAAAAAUGUUUCGCUAAUGGGGUCAUUGGAAUAAAUGAUCAAACUGGCGAAGCGUACGUUAAAGACGCUCGAAGAGACAACUGCAGUAGAGAAGUACUACGCCACGAAGAUUUAAAGAACCACGUACAAUUAUCUCGUAUUCGCGAUCACUUUAUUUUUAACGUUGAAUCAACGGGUUGUUUACCUGUCUAUGACCUAAUUUGUCAAGCCAUCGAAGUGUUAAUGACUAAAUGCAAGAAAUUUAUUGACAUUCUAGAUAACGUCGACAAUGAGCCAGAGGACGACGAUGAUGAAUAAAAUUAUACACUAAUAAUUAUAACAACUUAGUAUUUAUCAGUUUUAAAUGAAACCUGUAGGGGUUUAUCAUAAAUGGUAUAUCCGUUCAGAGCUUGAAUUGCUUGCACGGCCUGUUGAUAAUCCGACAUUGUUACAAAUCCGUAACCUUUGGAUUUUCCAGUUCCUGCUUCCCUAAUUACAUUCGAAUUUAAUACGUUUCCGUAGUUACUAAAUAACUGUAUAAGAGCGGUUUCAUUGUAAUACGGUCCAAUAUUAUAAACGAAUAAACAAGGGGGCGGUGGCUGUGGGACCGGCGCAGGUUGAGUUUUUGCCGGAAAUGGAUUAUAGCGAUAAUUUGCUUUAAGUUGACGCAUAAGAGGACUAGGUGUUGGUCUGUUGUAGUUAUUGAGCAUCUCGUUCUUUUCUCUUUUUUCAUUUAUAUCUUGUGCUAGUUUGACACACAGACUCUCACAAGAUGCAUCUAAUUGCAAAUUAUUUAAACUUUCUAUGGCUUGUUGAGCGCUUGAAUAUUUAUCGUACAAAACAAAGGCUGUAGCUUUACUCGAUCCAGACUUCUCUCUUAGGAUGCGACAUUGCACUAUACUUCCGAAUUGUUGGAAGAGAGAGAUUAGGUUAUCUUCACCCCACUGCUUUGGGAAUCCUUUAACAUACAAAUUCCCAGAUUUUUCGCCAGACGGCCUAGAAUAAGCAACUUUAAUACGUUUGUUCUUCAGAGCCAACCCAUUAAGACGAUUAAUCGCCUGACUAGCAUGUUGAGGAUUACCGUAUUCAACAAAACCGAAACCAAAGCUUAAGUUUGUUUUGCGGUCACGUACGAUUUUGCAGUUUCGAAGUGGGCCAACUGUAGAAAAUAUUUCGGCGAGUUCGCUGUCGGCUAGUGUUUGAGGAAGGUAGUUGACAAUUAGAUUGACUUGUGGGCUUUAAAAAAAAAUGAAAAAUUUCGCCGUUAUUACAUAUAAAAAAAAAAUAAUUAAAGACCAAACACAAAUUAAGUAAAACGUUUUUCAAUACAUGACUCAACUUUUGCAGAUUAAAAUAAAAAUCGAUUCGAUUACAGAAAUACACAAAAAAAUACGCGUAUGUCAAUAAAAUAUCAGAAGGUUGGCCAUUUAAAACCGUAUUAUCCGAUUGCGACAAAUUUGUUCAACUGUCACCAUUCAAUAAUUGCAAAUAGAACAAUUAAAUUCAUUUAUUAACGAUGUUUUUGUCACUACCUUGCGUGUUCGCCCGUCUCCAUUUCCAGCCGGAAGUUUUCUGUGAUAAAUCUACAUACCGAGAAAAUAGCGCGGCUACCUGUCACAACCCUAACCUGGAUACUACAUUUAAUUACUAUAGUUCCACCUUGUUCCCUUCGAAUGAUGACUUGUAAUGAAAAAUUACCCUUUAGCUUUCAUAUUAGUUUGUUAUCUGAAGCACUAAUUGAGUUUCAAAUGAAAGUACAUGGAUUCUUUCUCCUCAUUACUAUUUUUCCAUGAGAUCUAGAGCUCAAUAUUUCUUAAGCGAAAGCCAGUAGAAUAAUCUCAUAGCUCUUAUUAUUCGUUAUCGUAUUCUUUUACAUAAAAGAUUCUUUAGUUGAUGUAGAAUAACAAAUAUAGGAAGUACACCAUGUAAGAACUCCAUGAAAUUAUUUCAAUUUGAUAUUGUACAUUCUGAGAAAAUUGUACCUUGACGUAUGGUAGGUAGUUAACGUUUACAAAUAAAAUACUCAAAAGUAUUCAAAUUCAUUAACUAAUAUAUUAAGAUAAGAAAAACGAAGAAUCCUAUUUAAUUAAGAAAAAACCAGCUAGUAAACAAGUGAGUUCAAUUCAAAAAGUAACGAUCGAAAAUUG